CAUUACCUUCACUUUCAUAACAACAAAAAUUUUGCAAUCAUGCAGGCCGAGCCGCAGUGCAAAGUUUGUUUAAAUUGUAAUAAAACUCCAUCAGACUGAAAUAGAAAAGCUGAAAAACAACAAUCACACAACAACAACAAUGGAGUUAAUUAUUUGUGUAAGCAACUAUUGGCAAGAGAGAAAAUUCUAUCGUUUAUAUGCCGCCAUUGAGGAACCCAUACAACAAAGGCCCUCACCUGACAAGAGCUCAUAUGAAAUUGAGGUUGUGCCUAGUCUAAAAAGCUGCAAAAAUGCUGCCUACCAACAUCGUAUUUUAAGGCGAAGACAAGUUUCAAUCGAUGGCAUACAAUUCUUUUAUUUGCUCAAGGAGUUAUUCCAUUUUCAAGCAUUUAAACGGCUGUUGUGCACGCAUCCGCAUAUGAACGAUAUACAUUUAUUAUGGCUUCAAAUAAUUCCACCAGCCAGGGAUAUCAUAGACUGGAAAUGGAAUCAUAUGCUGGCCCGUAAGUUAUGGGAAAGGAUAGAAACCGACUAUCUAAUGUCAUGGCUGUCCACCUUAGGAGGAGGUUAUUCUGCUUUAGGCGAACAGUUUUCUACAUGUGCCGAAGUUGCUGGCAAAAUAUCCCAGAAACAGCUUUGCAUUGGUAUUCAAUUGGGUGAUCCAUUUUUGCAGUCACGUUGUUUACUUUAUUAUAGCAUAUCUCUAAUACAAGUGGGUCGUUUAAGAACAGCCAAGUAUUUAAUACGCAAACAGUAUGCAUUUGCCCUUGCUAAUGUAGAAACGGAUGGACGUUUAUUGAAAAUGUGUGAAGGCAUUUGGAUGCGUCUGCAGUAUGAAUAUGGUCUAAGGUUUAAAAAGAAACCUAAACUGUAAAUUAUGUUAAAUUAAGAGCAAUAUUGCUGGACAAAUGUUAAAUGAUAUACUUACUGCAGAAAGAUGGUUUUCCAAAAACUGCAUCUGGAUACCUUAAGUUGGCUUGAAACUCAGGGCUGUUAAAUAAAUGAGAAAUUUUGUAAAAACGCUA